AUGCCAAUUCAAUACUCCUUGGUCUCACGCGGCAAGACGAUUCUGGCUGAACAAGCCAUGGUUCCUGGAAACUUCAGCCAAGUAGUUCCACACGUUCUGUCGCUGAUUGCAGACUCGAGGGAACCUCGCAAAAGCUUCACGCACACCGAUUUCAUGUUUCACUCUUUGAAGGAGGAUGAAAUAAUCUACUUGGCCAUAGCGGAUAAAGAUUUCGACGAGUCCAUGGCAUUCAGGUAUCUAUCGGAAAUCCAGACGAAGUUCUACUCGAGGUACAGUGCAUUCGCGUACGUGGCAUUUGCCUAUGCCAUGAAUAUGGAGUUUUCCAAAGUCAUGCUUGCCAAAAUGAAGCGCUACAACGCUGCCAUGCAAGACCAGCUGGAAGAUAUCAAACGAAUAAUGGCUCGUAACGUAGAAGAGGUUGAUAACAGAGGAGAACAGCUGGGACUACUCAUGGGAAGGACCGAAAUGUUAUCAAAUGACACCAGGGCAUUCCAAAGGUCUAGUAGAGCAGGUUGGUGGGAGAUGUUGCGAAAGAAUUUGAAAUGGAUCAUUCUCAUUCUGCUGACUCUUUUGCUGGUGACGUACAUUGUGGCUUCUGCUGCCUGUGGAGGACCAGCCUGGCCAAAAUGUGUCGGCCCUAAAUCUUCCAAUCAUAAUUCGACGGGACGUUAUUAG